CUCUCUCUCUCUUUCCUUGAAAUCCUCCACCCCCUUUUCAGCUUCUACAUAUAUAUAUAAAUUCCUCCAGUUUUCCCAUUAAUCUGUAUUCUCCCCAAUAACCCUUCACUUCUCUUUACAUUUCAACACAGAGAGAGAGAGAGAGAGAGAGAGGAAAGGAAGGAUUAAUGGCUGGCCGAAAGAUGAAUGAGUUUCAAGACAUGUUGCCUGUGAUGGCAGAUAAGUUGGGUGGGGAAGGACUGAUAGGAGAGCUCUGCAAAGGGUUUAGGCUGCUGAUGGACAGUGAGAAAGGGCUCAUCACAUUUCAAAGCCUGAAAAGGAAUUCAGCUCUUCUGGGGCUCCAAGAUUUGGGGGAUGACGAGUUGCAGAGCAUGUUGAAUGAGGGCGAUCUCGACGGCGAUGGCGCGCUUGAUCAGAUGGAGUUCUGUGUGCUUAUGUUCAGAUUAAGCCCAGAACUGAUGCAGCAGUCUGAGGCUUUGUUGGGCAGGAGUUCUGCUUGUUUUGGCAGAAAAUGA